CUUCCGCCCCUCGCCGCUAGGGGUCACUGCAGCGCUCUCGAGUUGGUUCAGCGCGUCCCUGGCAAAGAGGAAGCGGCUUUCUGGCCCGCGCCUUAAAGGAGACUCUCUGCUUCCUACUUCCUCUUUCACCAGGGACCCGCGAAGAUGGGCCGCGUUCGCACCAAGACCGUGAAGAAGGCGGCCCGGGUCAUCAUCGAGAAGUACUACACGCGCCUGGGCAACGACUUCCACACCAACAAGCGCGUGUGCGAGGAGAUCGCCAUUAUUCCCAGCAAGAAGCUCCGCAACAAGAUAGCGGGCUAUGUCACCCAUCUGAUGAAGCGGAUUCAGAGAGGCCCCGUGAGAGGUAUCUCCAUCAAGCUGCAGGAAGAGGAGAGAGAGAGGAGAGAUAAUUAUGUUCCCGAGGUCUCAGCCCUGGAUCAGGAGAUCAUUGAAGUUGAUCCUGACACUAAGGAGAUGCUGAAGCUCCUGGACUUUGGCAGUCUGUCCAACCUGCAGGUCACCCAGCCUACAGUUGGGAUGAAUUUCAAAACACCACGUGGAGCCGUUUGAAUCUUUCUGCUGUGCUGUAAUAUGCCAAUAAACCAUGGACAACUUU